AUGAACGAGCUAGACACCGGUCAGGCGCUUUUAUUCAGGACACGCUGUUCAACACUAACGACUCAACGCGCUGUCAUCUCGCCCUGUGUCUCGGAAGUGUCCGAGUCGCUCAUAUGGGAUAUCCGCCGUCGCGUGUCUCGCAAUCAGCGUCAAGCGUUUUGCUGUCACCUCCUCUACCUGCUCGACGCGAUCUAUGCACAGGAGUGCCUCGACCUCGCUCCGCACGCGCUCAUGUUCGAUGUCCUCGAAAACGCACAGUGCAACGUGCUCGAAGCCCUCGCCUUCCGCGUCGGCAGCACGAUCCCGAUCGCGUUCAUGGCGGCGCUUUGGGAUGCGCUGCCGACGCUGCUGUGCAAUACGCUGCUGGGUGCGCUCACUCCCUUAUACUAG